AUGAUCGAUGACGAGCUACGAAAGGAUCUUGGAGUGCAAGGAGAGCGUCGGCAGCUAAAUAUCCAAUGGUUUGGAGGUAAGGCAACCAGAGAGCCUACCAACGUGGUGAGUCUGAAGAUAAGUGGAGUUGGAAAGCCCACUCGCCAUGUAUUGAAAAACGUUUAUGCCGUUUCGAAUUUGAGUUUGCUGAUGCAGACAUUGAGCCGACGAGAUGUCCAGGGCGUGGACAGGGAUGCGCGUCUGCCGAUGAAGCCUUACCGCAACGUGGUGCCGAAGCUGCUCAUCGGCCUGGAUCACGGACAUCUGGGGUUGCCAUUUAGGACGAGGCGGUUCGCUCGAGAGGGACCGUAUGCGGCCGCAACCGAGCUGGGCUGGGUUGUGUUUGGGCCUGUAAGUGGGCAACCGACCACGCCGUCACCGAGGUCCUGCCUACUUGCCGUGUCAGUGGAUGACGCGAUGGAAAAGAUGGUGGAGGACUACUUCGACAUGGAGAACUUUGGAGUGAAGCACGCGCCGCCGGUCGCAGCCAGCGAUUAUGUUCGGGCCCAAAGCAUACUCGAAGACACCACGGUGAAAGUGGGGCGUCGCUACCAGACGGGAUUACUCUGGAAGGACGACCACGUUGUGCUGCCACCGAGCUAUGAGAUGGCGUACAGGAGGCUGGUCAACGUCGAGAAGAAGAUGAAGCGCAACAAGCCGUUGGCGCAGGAAUACGAUCGGAUUAUAAAGGAUUACGUGUCUAAAGGAUACGCGAGGAGGCUGCAGCCGGAGGAGGUCGCGGUAAGGAGCGAUCGCCUAUGGUAUUUGCAACAUUUUGGUGUCGAAAACCCAAACAAGCACGGCAAGGUACGGCUCGUGUUUGAUGCUGCAGCCAAAGUUGGAGGAACCUUGCUAAAUUCGGAGCUGGACAAAGGGCCUCAGCACUAUAAGCCUUUGCCGGCUGUGUUCUUUCAUUUCAGAGAGGGAGCCGUCGGAGUCUGCGGUGACAUCAAGGAGAUGUUCCACCAAGUGCUGAUCCGACCCGAGGAUAGAUGUUCCCAACGAUUCCUCUGGAGAGAUGGCGACGACGAGAGAGAUCCGGAUGUCUACGAGAUGAACGUAAUGACGUUUGGAGCAGCCUGCUCGCCGAGCGCUGCGCAUUACGUGAAGACUAUGAAUGCCCUGAAGUAUCGGGAUUCGGAUCCGAGAGCGGUCAAGGCCAUCACCGACUACCAUUAUGUUGAUGACUACGUGGACAGUUUCGCUACAGAGAGCGAGGCUAUCAGCGUAUCUACCCGAGUGAAGGAGAUACACAAGGAUGCUGGAUUCGAAUUAUGCAAGUUUUCAUCCAGCUCACCCACCGUGGAGACGGCUUUAGGACCUGGUCGAGUCAAGAGCGUCGGAUGGGGUGAGGCUGAAGAGAAGAUCCUCGGAAUGCGUUGGCAAGUAGCAACAGAUGACUUCAGAUUCAACGUGGAGUAUCAUCGAGUGCCAAGCAGCGUCCUGAGUGGAGAUCGAGUCCCUACGAAGAGGGAAUAUUUGAGCCUGGUGAUGUCAACGUUUGAUCCCCUGGGAUUCCUGUGCUGCCUCAUGGUUGCAGCGAAGCUGCUGCUGCGAGAGAUUUGGAGGCAGAAGAUCCAGUGGGACGAACCACUACCGGAGGAGUUAGGCAAAGCCUUUGCGAUUUGGCGCAAAGAGAUGGACGCCGUGGGACAGUUCCGAUGUCCGCGCCAUUAUUUUGGGCGUGGAGCGGUCCGGGCCGUAGAGUUGCACGUCUUCGUGGAUGCUAGUCAGGCAGCAUUCGCGGCGGUGGCCUAUUGGAGGGUCACAUAUGAGGACGACGACGUGCAGGUGAGCUUCGUGAGUGCAAAGGCGAAGUGUGCCCCAAUGAGAACGAUGACGAUCCCACGGCUGGAGCUGCAGGCAGCAGUUCUUGGAACCAGGCUGAUGAACACUGUCAAGGAGGAGCACAGUGUGGUCAUCACGGACCUGGUGUUAUGGACGGACUCUAAGACAGUGCUGAGAUGGAUCGGCAGCACCCACCGCCGGUAUAAGCAGUUUGUUGGCAACCGAGUGGCGGAGAUUUUGGAGUCGUCGAAGGUUUCCCAAUGGAGAUGGGUGCCUACAGCCGACAAUGCGGCUGAUGAUGCGACGCGGUCGCAGAAAGGAGUCGACCUUAGCCAGGAAUCAAGGUGGCUAAGAGGACCUGCAUUUUUGAGGCAGCCAGCAGCCAUCUGGCCGGGGCCUGAGGAAGGAACUGAGCGUGUUCCAGAUGCCCCUGAUGAAGAAGAGAUGCCCAGUGAGUUUGCAUUAGUUGCGGCAGACGAUUUUGUUAUUCCGUUUCAGAGAUUCUCGAGCUUCAGUCGCCUGGUGAGGACCACAGCCUGGGUCCUACGGUUUGCGCGCUGGUGCCGCAAACAGCGAAACGAACUCGAGGAAUACGGCCUUACUGCAGCAGAAUGUAAGGCCGCGGAGAACCUGUUGGUCAGACAGGCACAAUUGGAGUCGUUCCCCGACGAGAUGAGGUCGGCGGAAACUGGACAGGACGUCGCUAGAUCGAGCGACAUUCGAGGGUUGGUGCCCUACCUAGACGAGGACGGGAUUCUGCGAGCUUACGGCAGAAUUGAUGCCGCACUGUGCAUCCCGUACAGUGCGAGGAGGCCCGUAUUACUGUCACACAGGCACAGUCUGACAGAGCUGAUUGUGAGAGACUUCCACGCCAGGAUGAAGCAUCAAAAUGUGGAUGCUACGAUUGCGGAGAUCCGGACAAAGUUCUGGGUCACAAAGAUGAGGCGUGUGAUGCGGGGAGUCAUCUCAUCGUGCAACGAGUGCAAGUUGCAGCGAGCGCGGCCGAUGCCGCCGAUAAUGGGACCCCAUCCGGAAGACAGACUGGAUGCGGGUGGAUGGCCAUUCAAAUACACAGGACUGGACUACUUUGGGCCACUGCUGGUGACUGUGUCCCGUCACAAGGAGAAGCGUUGGGUCGCCUUGUUUACGUGUUUGACGACAAGGGCGAUUCACCUGGAGCUGGCGCAUGACCUGUCGACGGAUUCCUGCAUAAUUGCGAUCAGGAACUUCGUCUGCCGUAGAGGGCCAGUAUAUAGACUGCGCAGCGAUAACGGCAAGAACUUCGUGGGAGCUGACAGGGAAGCCAGGCGCUUUGGUGACGUAUUCGAGAUGGUGAAGCUUCAGAGUGAGUUGUCAAGCAGAAGCAUUGAAUGGGUUUUUAAUUGUCCAGCGAACCCGUCUGAGGGCGGAGUUUGGGAGCGCAUGGUGCAGUGCGUCAAGAGAGUACUGCGUCAUACCCUGAAGGAAGUUGCGCCGAAGGACCAUGUAUUGGAGAGUUUCCUGAUUGAGGCGGAGAAUAUUGUAAACUCGCGUCCGCUCACCCACUUGCCUGUGGAUGCGGACCAGGAGGCGCCGUUGACGCCAAACGAUCUACUCAAGGGAGUAGCCAAUCUGCCGGAUACGCCUGGAUUGGAUGCGGAGCUGCCCAAGGAGGGUUCUACGAGGAAGCAGAAUAAAACGUGUUCUACUACCACGGAUUAG